AUGUCUGGCGAGACCAGUGGGCCAGGGGCCUCGCCUAGGGCCCCACGUCCCGGGACCCAGAAGAUAUAUGGCGCAGUGACCAAGAAGGGGGAACGCGGGACUAAGGAGAAGCCCGUGGCCAACUUGCAGCCGGUGGGCGAGGAGGAACCCAAGAACCCGGAGGAGUACCAGUGUUCUGGGAUCCUCGAGACCGACUUUGCGGAGCUUUGCACGCGGUCAGGCUACUUGGAUUUCCCCAAAGUUGUUGUCCGACCUCGACCCCCCUCAACCUUUGUACCUUCUGCCUCCAUGUCGGAAAAGCCCGCCCUAGAUGAGCAACGGCUGCUGUCAGGAUCCUGCAGCCUGAGCAGCCUGGAGAGCAAAUACGUGUUCUUCCGGCCCACCAUCCAGGUGGAGUUGGAGCAGGAGGACUCAAAGUCUGUGAAGGAAAUCUACAUCCGAGGUUGGAGGGUUGAGGACCGCAUUCUGGGAAUCUUCUCUAAAUGCCUGCCCCCCCUCAGCCAUCUGCAGGCCAUCAACUUUUGGAAGGUAGGGCUGACUGAUAAGACCCUGACCACCUUCAUCGCCCUCCUGCCUCUGUGCUCACCCACACUCAGGAAGGUGUCUCUGGAGGGGAACCCAUUGCCGGAGCAGUCAUAUCACAAGCUCAUGGGGUUGGACAGCACGAUUGCGCAUUUGUCUCUGAGGAACAACAACAUCGAUGACUACGGGGCACAGCUGCUGGGCCAGGCUCUGUCCACGUUGCACAGCUGCAACAAAACUCUCGUCUCACUCAAUCUGGCCUUCAACCAUAUUGGGGAUGAUGGCGCUGGCUACAUCGCUGAUGGCCUCAGGCUGAACCGCUCCCUGCUUUGGCUGUCUCUAGCCCAUAAUCGGAUCAAGGACAAGGGAGCCCUGAAGCUGGCUGAGGUCCUGCGCCCGUUUGAGCUGACGCACACCGAGGUGGUGGAACGCCGGCGCCUCCUCCUGGAAAAAGGGACACAGGAGCGAUUACGAUCGCCUUCCUCCUCUCGCCACAUGGACUUCAAAAGUGACCGGGAUAAGAAUCAGUUGCUAGGGGCCAGCAGUGCUGCACUGUCGGACAAGGUGUCAGCCAUGAAAACCCCCAAGAGCCUGGGCAAGAAAAAGGAGAAGCCAGGGGAAAUGGCCAAGAGAGAGGAGAAGUCAGGGCCUGGGCAGUCCCCCCCCCAAGGAACCCCUAAGAAAGAAGAUGCCUCAAAAGCAGGCAAAGGGAAGAUAUCUGUCCCUGAGCAGAAGCCAACCAAGGGGAAAGGGACCAAGACUGGGAGCAAAGAGAAGCGGAGCAUCCUCAUGGAGUCAGAGCUGGUCGCUGAAACGACAGAGAUGGUCAAUCCUCUCCUGGAACCCGUGGCACACAGAGAUGGAAAAGUUUUUAUGCCUGGGAACAAGGUCCUUUUGCACCUCAACCUCCUCAGGAACCGCAUCACAGAGGUGGGACUGGAGGGCUUCCUUGCUGCAGUGCAGUACCAGGUGCAGGUCUCCAAGUCCAGGAGUCCCAUGGGGCUACUUUGGCUGUCCCUGGCGAAAAAUUACUUCCCCUCACAAUGUCCUAUGUACACCAUGAUCCAGGAACUGAUGCUGCCAAGGGACCCCAUGAAUAAGGUCAAGCCCAAAGAGGAGGAGGCUGUGGCUUUCUCCAUCUAA